GGACAAACCGUAAGCAAAUACCUUUUUUCGAAAACAGAAACAAAUUAAAAAGUAACAUUUAAAACUUUUUUCUACUAAAUUCUUGAAGUGCUUGUCGUGAAAAUAAUGCUGUCUUACGUUACAGUUGCGUUUACCUGCUUUGCAGUAGUUAAUUCAUUUGUCAUCCGAGAUGCGGACACGGACAGUGAAGAUGCGAAUUUCGGAACCUUCGAUCCGAACAGUCUAUAUCAGACACAAGUCAAGCAAACUGAGCAGUACAUGAGCUCCCAGCAGGCAGGCUCCGGCUCGUCUACUUCCGGUGGCUCUCAAUCAGGCACAGGAGGCAGUUCAUCCUCAGGUAGCGCGCCCCAGUCUGGUUCCGGCACCCAGGGAGGCUCCAGUAGCGCCUCGUUUGACCCUAACGCCAUGUACCAAUCCCAAUCCCAGAAUGCCAUGCAGAGUAUGAGCUCUUCAAUGCAGGGAACCGGCUCCAACUUCAACGCUAACAAUGUCAACCAAUUCCAGUCUAGCUUCACAGACCCAACUAGCGCACAGCUGGGUACCAGUAAUGGCGGAGGUGCAGGGUUCGACCCGGACCAGUACAACAGCAUGAAGUUCAACCUCUUCCAGCCGUCCGGUCAGUCCGGAUCCCCUAGUGCCACCAGCAGCCCUUAGAGUAAUUCUACGACUUCCGGAGCACACAAGAUACAAGAAGGGAAAAGACUUCACCUCAACCAAGGCGUCUUUCCAUGAAUUAAAAGUACAUUGUAAAAAAAUAAAAUAAAAAUAGCAAACUUU